GGAGCAAAGGUUUUUGGUGGAUGGAUCGUGGUGUGCGUCUCAUCGUGGAAAAGGACUUUUUCAGUGACGUCAUACAGUUCCAAGCCGGGGGACAAACCCAAAAAAGUGAGAUGUCCACGGACCCAGGCGGAACCAAACCCAGUGAAAACCAGCCGAAAGCAAAGGCGAGCGACAGCAACCAACAGCAAAGAUGUGACUGUCAUUCGUAACCAUCAUACCCCAGCCACAUUUCCAAUACAAAGUUGCUCGACUUGUCACUUCUCACACUCUUCGAUUCAAAGAACAGCGAUGAAAUCCCUUUCAUCCCAAGCUUUCAUUCUGUACUUGGCUUUGUUGCCUUCACAGUGUCAGAGCCGAGCCGUUGGCGGAGUUAUUCCUCCACACGCGUUGCCUGGCCACAGCAAUACACCGGCCCCUGCUGCCAAUGUUACUAAUACAACAGCAGCAGAGGCAAUACCCAUUGUCGUGUACAAAACGCAACAAGAGAUUGAUGAAGUGUGCCUGCCUUUUUACUUUGAUCUGUGCGAAGCGGCUUGCCAAGGAAGCGAGUGCUGUUUCAAUGUGGACGGCAACGGAUGCGACGAUGAUUUCCCCUGCGAGGAUUACAGUGCAUGUGAGCCGGUGCUCUAUACUCCACGAAUCGACGAAACCACCGAUCCAGCCCUUGUGGCGGCUUGCCCCGAUUCUCUGUCGCUGGAUACAACUACUGCAGAUGAAAAGAAUGGAUGUCUUGUCGCUUGUGGGGACUCGGGAUGCUGCUUUGGGAAAAGCUUAGAACGUGUCUGUGGAAGUUCCGAGCCGGGAGUUGACUGUAGUCGCUGGAAGGCUUGUACCAUCACUCGAGGAUUCUAGUUACAUAGCAAAGAUGACGGUAGAUGGAGAGGAGACCCAUGACCAAAAGAGUGGUAGAAUAGAAGCUGCAAUAAC